AUGGCACAACAUCCAGAGCUUCAGUCCAAACCACUACAGCAUCAAACCUAUCGGCCUAUUGCACCUUCUAUUGCGCCGCCUACAAUACUUCCUCGUCCAGAGGCUUUCAAUUUGAAAAAACGAGAAUGGGAUGAUGCUGAUCAAUCUGGAUUAAUAAUGGGCAAAAUACAACGAAGAGGCAGCGGCAGCUCGCAAGGAUCCAACAACUCGACUUCUCUAGCUGCAGACCAGCGCAGGCGACGCAAAGAGCAAAACAGAGCUGCACAAAGAGCUUUUAGGGAAAGAAAGGAACGUUAUGUGAAAGAGCUUGAGGACAAAAUCAAGGAAAUCGAAGCAGCGCAUGCUUUACAAAUUUCUCUAUUGGAAAAAGAGAAUUCAAAUCUGAAAUCAGCCAUGAACGGCAUGCAGAAUGAAUUGAACAAGUACAAAGGCAACAGCUCUGCCAGCAAUAGUAGUCCAAUACCAUUGCUUCCAUCAACAUCACCACCCGUAGCUGUAACAGUUGCCGAAGGGCAAUCAUCGCCGCCUUAUUCAGACACCCGGUCUCCUGCCAUCUCCGCCAAUUCCACACCAAACACUUCGCCUGUAGCAACAACGCCUAGAGUACCUUCAUCUGCAGUGGCAUGCAUUCGUGAUAAAGAUGGUGUCAGCUUUUGCGAGCGAUUGAAGGAGGAAGUUUGCUCGAAUGCCUACGAUCGACUAUUGACUGAGCCAUUGUUUGAUGCGCAAGGAUAUUUGAAUGAGACAGUAGCCAGUCAUCCAGUGCCUAUUAUCACAUCGGCUACAAAGGAGAGGAGCAAAACAGAUAUGUUCAAUGAAUUGGAGCAAUUUUUGACCGAGAAUUUCUCGCCAACAGCAGAGGCGGCAUCAAAUACCAGCAAUUCUGUUGAUUUGAUUUCAUGUUCAGAAGUGUGGCAGAGAAUCGCAAAGCAUCCAAUGUUUGAACAGUUCAAUACAGACGAAUUAUGCAAUGAGUUACGAAGAAGAGCUAAAUGUUCAAGGACUGGGCCUGUAUUUGAGGAAUACGAGGUGAAGGAGGUACUGGAUCUCAUGGUAUCGAAAAUCAAACCAUCAUAG